AUGGUGGCCUGGGUGGAUACUGGCACAAGUCACUGUGCCUGCGAUCAUGGGCGCAGAAUCGUCGUUGCGCGUGCUGUCGAGGACACCCAUUUCUCGAGCAGCCUGGAAUGGAAGCGUGACCUGCGCAUAGUCUACAUUGCUAACGUUGAACUUCCACAACGAGCGAAGAAACUGGGCAGAGCAGUACCUGGCGAGUAUGACGGAGGCGGUGGCCCUCUGAAGUGUCGGAGUCGGUGUACUGCGCUUUUCUGCUCUCACUUUUUGAGAUUAUUGGGAGUCUUCGCUUUGCGAAGGCGUCUUCUCGCUAUCCCCCAUUUCUCUCCCUUCAACCAUAACCAAGACACAUCAUCAAGAAAAUGGGCAAACGACACAACAGGAAGCGGACAAGAUCUCGCCCGAGACAUCGCGAUACCCAAGGACAAGACAAGAACCAUACUCGGAGUACUUCAAUCGAGACCGCAUCAUCCCAAGCAUCGGCCAAUUCUUCCUUCCAACCCCAUCCUCUCUCGAAUCUAUCCGCGGACCACUGGCACGAGACAUACUUCGCCUGGCAAGCCCGUCUUCACGUGGAGCAAACUCGGCAACAGAUGCUGGAGAUGGAGCGAAUCCGCUACUUUGGAGGUGUACCAGGAGAAGAAGUAAGCCUUCUUGAACCGAUGUUACAAGUCGUCAUGGAUCUUUUCGACGGCGAUACCGACUUCGAUUACCCAUGAUGCCUUGUUUCUGUCACUUUAUCUCCACUCCAUCUCCAACCCAUCUCUCUACUUCUAUGGUGGACAACCCGGCUUUUGCAUUUCGUUGCAGAUUGGAUGAAUGCUCUUUCGCAAUUGGGAUAGCAACACUCCACUCUUCAAAUGCAGUUUGUGGCACGCAUCGCAUACAGCCCCUAUCCUUCGAAGGACAGCGAUGCAUAUGGGUCUUUCGACAAAAGGAAAUCUUUUGGACGACGACGCACUCUGGUAGCCGGUCGAAGGCGUGGGAUACACCUGAGCACGGACUUGUAGCAGUGAAGACAUGUGUGACUAGACGAGGUGGAGUCAUCAUGUCUGAUCGGUCCAUCACAGCUCAGCCCUAGUACUUCGGCCAUACGCAGACGAGGAGGAUUGGUCGAUUUGGCGGUUGGAUGCACGCUUGGUGUUUGUACUCGCUCGAGCAGCUGGCUCGCGAAUGGAUGCACCGGGUUUGAGCGUCACCGUCUGAUUGGGAUCGGAGGAUGUGCGUAGUUGGUGGAGGAGUCGUCGUGUCCAUGCAAGAGAGGGUCAACUGUGUCGCUUGGAAGUAGCGAAUUGAGGAUUACAUGUCAUUUAGCGUAAUGAACACCAAGAAGCGGUUUUAUUUAUACCUCACAUCACACUCACAAAAAAAA